UAAUCAUUGAGUUGACAUAAUGACAUUUAAUAGGUAAGUUUGAGGUAAAUUUAUUUACGAAGGUAACAAUUUGAAAGCCGAUAAAGCAAAUGGCAAAGAGAUUUACGAAGACUACAAUCAACUGGGUGGAACUAGAGAAACGAGUACCACCAGAACAGAAAGCAAGUUUCUUACUGUUUAAAGGAAAAGCUGACGCUUAUUUAAGGCGAGUUCAAGCAAAUCCUCCUGAACCGCCAAAGAUCGAUUGGGAAGCAUACAAUAAAAUGGUACCUGUACCCGGUCUCGUAGAAAAACUGAAGGCAGAAUAUGUAAAGUUCAAGGUCCCCUUUCCCGAGGACAAAUUGUCAGUGAAAGUUGACGAACAAUGGAAUGCAUUGAAGCCUGAAAUAAAAAAGUUCUGCGCUGAAUUGCAGAAAGACAUUGACAUGGCAAAUAAAGAGCUUUCUCGUGUGAAAUCGCUACCAAAAUUCGAGGAGAUGACACUGGAAAUGUUUGCGGAGAUGUAUCCCCAACAAGCACUUAAUCCGGUUGAAAGGCCCACAUACUGGCCCCACGAUGAUGCAGAACAAUUAGACUAUGUGCCACCAGUUCCAAAGGCGGACAAAAAAUGAGAAUUACACUGGUCAAAUUGCUUUCGGUUGUUCUUUUCAUGAAUUUGCGUUGUUACUUUGUGAAUUUAUAAAUUCUUUUGCCAUUA